AUGGCUUCUUCAACACCAAAAACCCAACAAGAUCAUCGCAAUCACUCAUCGGAAUGGACGAGUGAGAUGCGCGACAAGCAAGCUCGCGGAAAGAACCCCUACAGUGAGGACAGCGAGAGCGAUGCUGAACCCAUGCGCCUCGGAGGCCAUCACUACAUUGAAUCGCACAUGGAGAAAGAACGGAGAGGAGAGGCGAUGCAUGUUCUCGACAACCCAGAAGUCCUCAUGGCUCAUGCACAAGCCAGCGGCGACAGCAUAGCUGGCCAACGCCUCCGCUUCAUGCGUCAACUUUGCGGCUUCGACGAGAAGCACGACGAUAGCCCUUCGUCUGGCUCCUCGGCGCGAGGUAAUAAGAGUCGCCGAGUCAGCGACCGAGUCAAUCGAUAG